AGGCCAAGGGAUGAGCGGGGGCCUUCCUUCCCAAUGGCAUCUCCCCCCGGCCUGGAACUGAAGACACUGCGCAAUGGCCCCCAGAUCCCAAGGAGACCAGCUCCUCUGGGCCCGGCGGCUCUGCCCAGGGAGGGUGUGGAGAAUGUCUGCUUUUCCUCAGAGGAGUGCGAGACUCAUUUCCAGAACCCAGGGGACACCAGACUGGGCAGAUCCCCCAGCACCCCCGGAGGGGGGUUCCCCUCACGGCCCCGAUCCCAGCGGGACGAUCUCUCCCUGCGUUCAGAAGAGGGGCCAGGCCUAGAGCCCGUGAGCCGCCCGGUGGAUUAUGGCUUUGUUUCUGCUCUCGUUUUUCUGGUGAGUGGGAUCCUCCUGGUGGUGACAGCAUACGCCAUCCCACGUGAGGCCCGAGUCAACCCUGACACAGUGACAGCGCGGGAGAUGGAGCGGCUAGAGAUGCACUAUGCCCGCCUGGGCUCCCACUUGGACAAGUGCAUCAUCGCGGGCCUGGGGCUGCUCACCGUGGGCGGCAUGCUUCUGUCAGUGCUGCUGACGGUCUCCCUGUGCAAGGGCGAGCUGUACCGCCGGCCCACCUUCGUCCCCGGCAGGGGCUCCAGGAAGACCUACGGCUCCAUUAACCUGCGCAUGAGGCAGCUCAGUGGGGAUGGGGGCCAGGCCCUGGUGGAGAACGAAGUUGUCCAGGUCUCAGAGACCAGCCACACCCUCCAGGGGUCUUAAGUAAGAGCCCACCCUGUGUGGCUGCUUCAGCUGCAGGGCUCCAAGGCCGCCGAGAGCCUGGGGUUGCAGACUGAGCUCCACGGAGGGCCCUGCGGAAGGAGCCUUGGGUGGGUGCUGGAGGGGGGAGUCCCGGGGCCAGGCCCAGGCGGCACGUGGGAGAGCGGUUCCCAGAUCUGUUUGCAGCUUGAGGUUUUGCCUAAGGUUUGUUUGGAGGAUGGCUUCUGCUGCUAAAAAUACAAAAAUUUGGAAACCAC